AUGAGAGUGGUUGAUUCCUUUCCAAGUACUCACAAUUAUUACAUACAUGAUCUAAAAUAUGAUUUCUAUGGAGAGCGUAUUGCAUCAUGUUCAAGUGAUCAUCACAUUAAAGUAUGGGACCGAGUAGAGACAUCAUCAGCAACAAGUCCAAAUACUAACAUUCCGAAUAUAACAUCAAGCACUUCAACAGCAUCCUCAACAACAACGAAUCAAAAAUCUUGGAAGUGUACCUACGACUGGAAAGCUCAUAAUGGAAGUAUUUGGAAAGUAGAGUGGGCUCAUCCAGAAUUUGGACAAGUAUUGGCAUCAUGUAGUUAUGAUCAUACAGUCAGUAUCUGGGAAGAACCUCCUGCUAAUAGUGGCCCAGGAAGUGGAUUAGCUCCGAUAAUGAUUUCACAAGGAAUUAUCGGAAAUUCAUCCAAAGACGGUGUAAAUAUUCAACAACAAAUGAUUUCAAGUGGUGGAGUUGGCACUACUAGUGGACCAGUAAUUCACACAAGUGCCAGCAGUGGAAAUUUACAAACUUUACCCCGAGUUUCCUCUUCGACAAAUGUACAGCAACCAGAGGGACUCUCUGAGGGAAAUAUUUCACCAGCUUCGAACUUGGACCAAAAUGUUGCGGUGGCUAAUGGAAAUCCAAUGAUGUCGACAUCCUCAAGCAAUUUGGCUCAACAACAAAUUCAAACCAAUACAACAGCAGGUAGUGCAGCCGGAACAGCUGGACCACUUUCAAGAAGAGCAUGGUUACUGAAAGCUACACUUGUAGAUUCAACAGAUGAUGUGGUAGAUAUCAAAUUUGCUCCAAAACAUUUAGGGCUGAAACUCGCCACAUGUUCACUCUCGGGAAAAGUUCGUAUUUAUGACGCAUUUGACGUGAUGAACCUCGCCUAUUGGAAUAUUGGCCAUGACUUUGAUGCCAACAAUGGGGGUAAAAUUCAUUGCCUUAGUUGGUGUCCCUAUCGAUUUAAGGAACCAAUGAUGGUCAUUGGAUGCGAGGACGGAAAACUUCGAAUUUGGCACUACACUCAAAAUAGAAAAUGGCAAAGUUGGACGCCGUCGACCAUUAUUCCAAACAUUCAUAACAUUUCACAACAAUUGAUUGGUUUUACACCUGGGACACCUAUAAAACCAAUUUCUGUGAAUGAAGGAAAUGUAAGCCAAGUAAUUGCACUUUUUGGACAUGCUCAACCAGUUCAUGAUGUUGCAUGGGCUCCAAACUUGGGAAGAUCCUAUGAUCUAAUUGCUUCUGCUUCAAAAGAUGGCUCUGUUCGAAUUUGGAAAAUUAUUACAGAAACUAAGACAGUUGAGCUCAUGGAGAUGGAUGAGACACAUAAACACAAUUCUGAAGUUUGGAAAGUAGAGUGGAAUCUAAGCGGAACGGUCCUUGCUAGCAGUGGAGAUGAUGGUACAGUUCGUUUGUGGAAAUAUAACUUUGAUGAAAAGCGAUGGAAGUGCGAAUCAGUCGUCGAAGGUCUCAAUAAAAACGAAAACUGA